UGUCUUUACUAUGCCACACGAGCACAUUUGAUUUACCUGUCAGGUUGCGGUGUGGGAAGGUUGAAGAAGAGGAACAUUUCAAAGGUAUCAGCUGCAGCUGCUGCGUAACUUCCUGCAGAGCAAACAGAGGUCGUCUAUUGUAUUUGAACUUUUUAAUGCAUUAAGCUUGGACUGCUUUUAAACAACCACAAUAAUGGCUUUGAGCUCAUUCGACAUUGAUGCGCCACGAUGGGAUCAGUCUACGUUUAUGGGCCGACUGAAACACUUCUUCAACAUCACAGACUGCACGACGGCGCUCUUACCUGACUCACGCUUGGAUGAGGCCAAAGCGUUAGUAGAAAGCUGCAGGGCAGGAUCCAUCCCUCCCGGUACCACGGAGGAGCAGCUCCACUACGCGAAGAAGCUGUACGACUCGGCCUUCCACCCAGACACCGGAGACCGCAUGAACCUCAUCGGUCGCAUGUCCUUCCAGGUCCCCGGAGGCAUGGCCAUCACUGGCUGCAUGCUGCAGUUCUACAGGACAGUCCCCGCUGUGGUGUUCUGGCAGUGGGUGAAUCAGUCCUUCAACGCUCUGGUUAACUACACAAACCGCAACGCAGCCUCCCCCAUCACUCCCAAGCAGAUUGGAGUCGCUUACGUCACAGCAACCAGCACAGCGUUAGCAACAGCAGUCGGACUCAACCUCUACACAAAGAAAGCUCCUCCUCUCGUAGCUCGCUGGGUCCCCUUCGCAGCGGUGGCUGCAGCUAACUGUGUUAACAUUCCCAUGAUGAGGCAACAGGAAAUUCUGAACGGCAUCGCCGUCACAGAUGAAAACGGCAACAAACUGGGCCACUCCACGAAAGCGGCAGUGAAAGGCAUCACUCAGGUGGUCAUCUCUCGGAUCACCAUGGCUGCUCCGGGAAUGAUCAUCCUCCCCAUCAUCAUGCAGCGGCUGGAAAAAUACAAGUUCAUGCAGAGAAUCACGUAUCUCCACGGACCAAUUCAAGUGAUGAUGGUGGGAGUGUUUUUGAUCUUCAUGGUGCCCGCUGCCUGCUCCCUGUUCCCCCAGAAAUGCUCCAUGGCCGUGUCGAAGCUGGAGCCCGAGCUGAGAGACUCCAUCGUGUCGAAAUACGGAGACGCUGUACAACGUGUCUACUUCAACAAAGGCCUCUGAGACCGACGGCGCUUAUUUAAAUUUCACAGCACAAGACCGAAAACAUGAGUUUUUAAGUUCUCUAAUCGUUAGUCAUCCUGUACGUCGUCAAAUCGGUGCUUAUCGGUGCAAAGAUUUUGAUCAAUCAUGUGACCUCUUUUUUUUUUAAUAUCUUCUUUGUUUCAGAUUCUCUCUGUUUUCUUACAUAAAACAGGUACAAGGGGCACUGCGUUCUCCUGUAGAGAAACCAAAACGAUCUCCUCUCAGGAACUUUUCUUUGCCAGAUUCUCGUUAGUUUGUCUUUUAUGAUUUGACGCAUCUGUAGUUUUUUUUUGUCAUUCGCUGUCUGUGUCUCUUAAUCAGUGUCUGCUCCCUCGGCCAAGCCUCGUUACAAUCUG